AUGGCUACAGACGUAGUCCUUGAUACCUCUAUGGGUUCCAUUACAGUCGAGCUUUACAACGAACACGCCCCGAAGACCUGCAAGAACUUCUCGACCCUCGCCUCACGAGGCUACUACACCAAUAUCCCAGUACACCGCAUAAUCCCCUCCUUCAUGAUCCAGACCGGCGAUCCGACGGGGACAGGCCGAGGUGGUUCUUCCAUAUACGGUCCUACAUUCGCCGAUGAGAUUCACCCUUCCCUAAAGCACACGGGCGCAGGAGUCUUAAGCAUGGCGAAUAGUGGGCCAGAUACGAAUGGCAGCCAAUUCUUUAUAACGUUGGCGCCGACGCCGUGGUUGGACGGGAAACAUACGAUCUUCGGACGUGUCAAGAACGGGCUGAGUGUGGUGAAGAGGAUGGGCUUGGUGAGGACAGGGGAGGGAGAUAAGCCGAUUGAGGCGGUGGUCAUCAGGAGUAUGAGGGUCAUGGAGGGUGGUGAAUAA